AUGAAAGGUCGUGCACCUCUGCCGGUGCCCUCCGGUAUGCCAAACGCCAACGGUCAUUCCCGCAACCCCUCCGGCCUGGACAUGGCUCGCAGCCCGCCGAACCCGAGCAACAAGAAUACCAAGCAUGUUCCCUGCAAAUUCUUUCGCCAGGGUGCUUGCCAGGCCGGCCCCGCCUGUCCAUUCCUGCAUUCGACCGAUGCCGCAAUUGACUAUGCGCCGUGCAAGUACUUCACCAAGGGUAAUUGCAAGUUCGGUUCCAAAUGCGCUCUCGCCCAUAUUCUCCCGGAUGGUCGCCGUGUGAACAGAGGGGCCGGUGGAGGCGGAAAUAUGGGCAUGGGUGGCAGCAGUCACUUGAACUUGGGUGGCCGGGUCAAUCCUCAGGCCUAUGUGAAUCAGGACUCGGCCUUGACCAACUCGGUCCUCUCGCAGCAGCGGAUGAAUGGCCCUGACCCGCGAUACUCCCAGCAAAUGCCCGUGCAAGAUGAGUCUGGCUUUGUGUCGACUCAACCACCACCACAGCAGCAACUCGGGCAGCCUCCGCAUCCCUAUGAUGGCAUCCCGACCAUUGAUACGGGUUUAGCCUCUCCCCUCGGCUCCAAAUACGGCUCCCCCAUCGAUGACCCACGACUGCCCAUGUCGCCAAAUGCCCGUCAUCUCACCGCAUUGGAUGCUCCGCUCCCCGCUUCUUUUGAUAGCCAGGGCAUCUCCCACGCCGCUCGCUAUGGUCCGGUGGCUGCUUCGGUCCCCUCCAAGUUCGGGUUGGAUUUGGCCUCCCCCCCGGCCCAACGACUGGGCCACAUGGAUCCCUUCCGAAGCACCCGGGAGAUGGGCUAUGCGGAUCUCCGCAAACCAUCGUUUAACAUUGGUUCCUCACCCCCCGCCCCCGAAGAUGCGACGGGUCACCGCUUCCUCCACUCUUCACGACCCGUCAAGCCUCGCAUGCUCUCCGCCAGUGUGCCUCGCUCCGCUGCGCUCGAUGAUUGGGAUGACAAUUUCCUGAUGGAGGAGGACUAUCUGCCUAUGAAUCUGCAUGACGAUGUGCUCACGCCUCAAGAGAAAUUGCGACGUCUUUCGCGAACCGACCCCGAUCACCUCAGCUCCAGCCACCGCGACGUCAGUGGCCUCGGCAUGGCCAGCACGAGUUUCUCCAAGAAUGGAUCUCCACUCGCGUCGAGCCCAUCGCGCUUCGGGGCACUCUUCGCCAAGCAGCGACAGAGCAAGGAGGAGGGUGCCAUCGGUUCCUCAUUCCCUCAUAUUGGCUCGCCCCUCCGUGAAUCAUCUUUGAAUCCCAUCGGUAGCCCCAGCUUGGGUCCUAUUGGCAGUCGCACCUCCUAUGAGGGAUCGCCAUUCGUCUCCACCCCCGGCCGCCAGGGCUCCAUGUCCAUGAUCUCCGAGCAGCUGAGCGGGCUUUCGCUCCACCCCGGUGCUGUCCGCCGCGCUUCCAACACUCCCGGCCGCCUGGACCGCAAUCUGUCUUCGACCACCAGCAAGAUUGAGGAAGAGGAACAGAGUGAUCUAGUCUUUUCUAUGGAAGAAGAGGAGAGCAAUAAGCGCAGCAGUCCCUCCUGGAAUUCGGAGAGUAAGGAGGGCUCAAAUGCCUCUUGA